AUGCCGGGCGACUAUGGGGAGCUCAACGACCCGGCGCGGAAGGAGGAGGAUGACGGCUGGCUCGAGACGUGCUGCGCCGACUACGAGAAUUGCUAUGCCACGAACGAGAUUGCAGCCUACCACCUCGUUGACUUGUGCCUCGCAUUGAACGGGCGAAAUGCGGGAAACAGGUGGUAUGGCGUGACGGCAGUCGACCUCAACAACGACGGCUUCGUCGACCUCAUGCCAUGCAACACGAUCUGCCGGGCCUUUCUCAACGCAGGACAUACUCGCAACUCGUACAUCGCCUUCAGGCUCGCCGGCACUGCGAGCAACGAGUACGGCAUCGGCGCGACGGUGCUCCUGAGCUGGCGCCCCCAGCCCGGCGCCGCCGCGCAGCUGCAGCUGCGCGAGCUUAACUCGGCAUCGAGCGGGAGCAACUUGUUCAGCAGCGAAGAUCACCGGCUCGUGUUUGGACUCGGCCCCUCGGGCGUGCCGCUGCGCGUAGAGGUCCGCUGGCCCUCGGGCAGAGUUGACAUCCUCGACGACGAAGCAGAGCUGCUCGCGCGUGCAAACUCGAUGGACGACAGCGGCACUUGA